AUGUUUAGAAUAACAAAAUUUAAUAAAUAUUAUAAUAAAUUUAGGUCAUUUAAAAGAAAAAAUAUAAUUUCCAUAACAACAGAUAAUUUUAAUGAAAAUGAUCAAUUAAAAAUUGAUAAAUCAAAAAAUGAAGGAAAUCACUUAAAAGUAACAUUACAAAAAAUUAAAGAUGAUCAAUGUUGGAGAACAAAAAAUUGGUUUGAUUUAAAAUUUGAUGAAGAAAUUGAUAAAAAAGAAAUUUUAAAAAAUAAUAAAAAAGAUUUAGAAUUAUUAAAAGAAAUUCAACAAGAUUUAAAUAAUGAAGAAGUAGAAGAAAAAAUUGUAAAUAUAGAAAAUAAAAAAGAAGAAGAACAACAAGAGGAAGAAGAGGAAGAAGAAGAGGAGGGAGAAGAAAAACCAAAAAUUAAAUUAUUAAGAGUUAAGAAAAUAGAAAUAAACAUAGAAAAACAAAAAAAUGAUAAAAAUGUAAAAAAAGAUGAUGUUAAUAAUGACUUUACCAAUCAAGAUGAUGAUAGGGGUGAUGAGGGUGAUAAUGAAGAUUUUAGUAAUGAUAUAACGGAAAUUGAAAAUGAAAUAGUUUCAUCAACAUAUUCAAAAGGGAAAAUAUAUGAAUUAAAAACUAUUGAAAUUUUAAAUGAAUUUGGUAUGGAAAUUAUUAGAUCAGGUGGCAGAGAUGAUAAAGGUAUUGAUUUUAAAGGUAAUUGGAACCUUCCUUCAAAUAAAAUUUUAAAAAUAAUUGGUCAAUGUAAAAAUUAUAGUGGUAAAAAGGUGGGUCCUUCAGUGAUAAGAGAAUUUGAAUCAACAUUUUUAAGAUAUCAAUCGGAAUUGGAUAAAGAAAAUUCAAAAUUACUAAAACAAGAUAAAAAAUCAACAUUGGGUAUAAUAGUAAGUAAAUCCGGCUUCUCUCCAUCUAUUAGAUCUUUUUCUGAAGAAAUUCAAUAUCCAAUAGUUUUAUGCCAUUUACUCGAUGAAGGUAUUUUAUCAUUUUAUUUGAAUUUUAAUGCAAAACAAUUAUUACCUAAUAUUAGAGUAGCUAGAAGAAAAAAUUUAAAAACUGGUCAAUUUACUCUAGAUUUAGCUUAUGAUUUAAUUAAUUAA